UGCCAUCUCCCCCCACGAGCAAAAAUAAGUUCCCAAGCAAACGCAAGAGAGAAAGAGGGAGAAGAAAUGGCGCCAGUUCUUCAGAGUUCGCAGCCAUGGGUCGAGAAAUACCGACCAAAGCAGGUGAAGGACGUAGCUCACCAGGACGAGGUGGUUCGAGUCCUCACCAACACUCUCGAGACCACAAAUUGUCCGCACAUGCUCUUUUAUGGUCCUCCGGGCACUGGAAAGACCACUACUGCGCUUGCAAUCGCUCACCAGCUAUUUGGGCCUGAACUCUACAAGUCCAGGGUGUUGGAGCUGAAUGCCAGUGAUGAUAGAGGGAUAAAUGUUGUCCGGACCAAGAUCAAGGAUUUUGCUGCUGUCGCUGUUGGUUCUAAUCAGCGUCAAGGGGCUUAUCCUUGUCCAUCAUUUAAGAUUAUCAUUCUAGAUGAAGCUGAUUCAAUGACUGAAGAUGCUCAGAAUGCACUAAGACGCACUAUGGAGACUUACUCUAAAGUUACUAGGUUCUUUUUCAUAUGUAAUUAUAUUAGCAGGAUCAUAGAGCCUCUGGCUUCAAGAUGUGCAAAGUUCAGGUUCAAACCUCUUUCCGAAGAAGUCAUGGGUAGCCGUGUAUCGCACAUUUGUAAGGAAGAAGGUCUCUACCUUGACGGAGAGGCUCUUUCAACUUUGAGCUCCAUAUCGCAAGGUGAUCUCCGUCGGGCCAUCACUUACCUGCAGAGUGCUGCUCGAUUGUUUGGAUCUACAAUUACUUCAAAGGACCUUCUAGGUGUUUCCGGGGUCGUCCCUCCGGAGGUAGUCAAGGGAUUUUUUGUAGCUUGCAAAAGUGGCAACUUCGAUAUAGCGAACAAAGAAGUAGACAAUAUAGUUGCGGAAGGAUACCCGGCUUCUCAGAUCAUUAAUCAGUUAUUUGACUUGGUUGCAGAUGCUGAUGACAUAUCAGAUGAGCAGAAGGCUAGAAUCUGCAAGAGUCUAGCUGAAACAGAUAAGCGUCUGGUAGAUGGAGCAGAUGAGUACUUGCAGCUACUGGAUGUGGCAAGCAAUACGAUCCGUUCGCUCUCUGAGAUGUCCCAAGACUGAGCUUGUCUUAAAGUUUGGAUUUUUCCAAACAUUUGCCAAAGUUCUGGUAAAACUCUAAUGUCCCGUUUUAACAUUGGAGAAUGAUGGUUCUGUAGAUUGUAGUGAUGAUACAUAAUGAUGCAAGUCACUUCCUGUUUGAAUCCAAUCCAUGCGUUAACGCCCAUGUAUGAAAAUGGUUUUGAAGUUUCUAUUA